AUGGCGCCCUACCCUAAGUAUGACUAUUCGUACCGCCCCUGUGAAGAGGCCGCGGCUCCCUGGGCCGCCGCGGCGCACAGUUUGGGAAUCACUGGAUUAAGCGAUAACUUUGCCUACUGCCUAAGCAAACUCGAGGAAAACAAGAAUAGAGCAAGACCAGCAAAUGGGAUACGCCUGCGCCCCUGUGAAGAGGCCGCGGCUCCCUGGGGCGCCGCGGCGCACAGUUUGGGAAUCACUGGAUUAAGCGAUAACUUUGUCAACUGCCUAAGCAGACUCGAGGAAAACAAGAAUAGAGUAAGACCAGCAAAUGGGAUACGCCUGGUUCUAGGAUCUACUGCUAACCGGAGGAAAAGAGAUCACGAUGAAGAAUAUGGGGGAGAGGGAUUUUCAUCAAUAAAGCGAAGACUUUGUCAAUGA